GAAAGCAACCAGGUUUCAAGGUGACUCUACCAAGCAUGGACCAGACUGAUUCAUUCGAUAACACCCCUCAGCCUGCUGCUUCCCUCCCUGACUGGAUGUCAGACUUACCUGACCACCUUUCCAUUUCCAGAAUCUCAAUCCCUGGCACCCACGAUACCAUGAGCCUCUAUGGUGGCUCAAAGAUCCGCUGCCAGAGCUGGCCACUUGCGGCUCAGCUAGAGGCCGGCGUACGCUUCCUGGAUAUCCGCUGUAAACUAGAAGAUGGUCAUUUCCUAAUUUAUCACGUCAAUACUUACCAGGAGGCAGACUUUUCCAGUGUCUUAAAAGCUACCUUGAGCUUCCUGAAGCAGCACCCACGGGAGACAGUUCUCAUGAGGGUCAAAGAGGAACUGCCAAUUCUUCCCGAUGCCGAUUUUGGCCCCCGCUUGCGACGCUACCUGGAUGAAGAAGGCCAAGGACAAGUUUGGGUGGAAGAAGCCAUUCCUUCCUUGGGUGAGGUGCGGGGGAAGAUUGUCAUCUUGGAGGAGCUGGAGAAUGAGGUUCUGGGGGUGCCCUAUGAGGCACUGAAUGUUGGCGACUCCUGGCAUGUUCUCUCUUCAGAGUACAAGUGGGAUCAAGUUUUGGAGCACUUGGAGACGGCAGACGCUGCUAGCCAUGCUACGCUGCACCUUACCUUUUGCUCUGGCAACGGGCUUUUCACCAACCCUGAGGAACUGGCCAAAGACAUCAACCAACGCUGUUAUGAACAUCUGAGUGCCCAGGCUGGGAAAGCGGGGCGGUGGGGUGUGGUGAUCAUGGAUUUUCCUGGUGCAGGAAUUAUCAGAACGAUUGUGGAGAGUAACUUAGAAACGGGGAAUGAUGACACGACUGCUCAGAAUUUGUGA